AAAACCUUAUCCGAUCUCUCACCUUUCCAGCGGUUGUCGCAACUCCGGGAAAAAUCCCUUCGAUUGCUUGUCUUAUUAUUGGUUCCUAUCUCCCUGGUCCUUGCCGUUACUAUUUAACGUCGUAGACUGCUUCAGCUUUAGCAUCGAAGUUGGGAGUACGCGAGGUUGAACGUGGGUAUUGAAACGGCAUGGUGAAGCGGAUAUAGUGGAAGGCCGUCGGACAACUUGAAUGCAAAAUCAAGUGCUCGGCCUAUUUCAAGUGGAUCAAAACAUGGUACUAUAUCCUCCGGCCGUGCGCGAAAUUCGCCAUUCCUGGAUCUAUACGGAGUGACGGCACGAUGUCUGUUAUGGCGAUGCACCCGGCGCUUGCGCUAUAAAUUCUUGCAACAUCAAUAUCAAUAUCUUUCCCAGCUUACCUGGUUGAGCAAUGGUCAUGCCUUCAGCGCUUGAAACGGGACUGCGUCAGAAGCGAACGGCUGUACAUUUGAAAGGAUUUGCUCUUCUUCAACUGAGCUUCCAGACGUUGGGGAUUAUUUACUCAGAUAUAGGCACGUCACCCUUGUACGUUCUCAAUGGCAUUUGGCCUUCGACUGGCGAGGUACCAUCGAAAGAGGACAUCAUUGGUGGAAUCAGUGCUAUCAUAUGGUCGAUAACUAUCCUCCCAUUGGUCAAAUAUGUCUUCACUUCACUUAGAUUCGCUACGCAAGAAGGGGAAGGAGGUUCGUUUGCUCUCUACCAAGGCCUCUACCCUCCAAAGGAGAAAGACUACGAUGCCGACCGCACGCUUACGGGUGAUUAUGGGAGAGAACUUAUGCGGAUGUCACCCAGUCCUGUAAAAGCAACAAUGAAGGAGAAACUACGAUGGCCUCUACUUCUUUGGUGUCUCUUUGGAACUGCAUUGACUAUGGCAGACGGCAUGUUUACGCCUGCGGUGUCAGUCACUAGUGCUGUCGGAGGUAUCGCGGUAGCCAAAUCCUCUGUCACCAACAAUAUCAUUCCUAUAGCAAUAGCUUUCCUGCUCGCACUCUUCUUUGUACAGCAAUUCGGGACAGCAAGAUUGGCAGUGACAUUCGGUCCCAUAUCAUGCAUCUGGUUUCUUCUACUAGCGGGGACCGGAAUAUAUAACAUCACCCUGUAUCCGGGUAUUCUCAGGGCAUUUGACCCUUCUCGCGGUGUCCUUUUGUUUGUACGCACGAAAAACUACGAUAUUCUUGCCGGUGUGCUUCUAGCCAUCACGGGUUGUGAGGCUAUUUUCGCAAAUGUCGGGCAGUUCAACGCAUUGUCUAUUCAGAUUUCGUUUGCUUGCUUCGUAUACCCAGCUCUUCUUUUGGCUUAUCUGGGUCAGGGAGCAGCACUUAUCACCGACGGCGAACAAGUCAUACAAAAUGUUUUCUACCGAAGCAUCCCAGGCGGACUGAAUGGCCCUCUUUUUUGGAUCAUGUUUACCUUUGCCAUUCUGGCCACGAUAAUUGCAUCUCAAGCGAUGAUCACUGCUACGUUCAGUCUCUUACAACAGAUCAUCAGCAUGAAGAGUUUUCCUCCCCUCCGUCUGGUGUAUACAUCCGAAACUAUCCAAGGACGGGUCUACAUCCCAGCCAUCAAUUGGACCCUCAUGAUUGGAACUAUCAUCCUGGUGGCCACAUUCUCUGACCUUGCGAAAUUGACAAAUGCGUACGGUUUUGCCGUGGCAACUGUGAUGUUUUCCACCACCAUUUUACUCUCGUUUCAAAUUCAUUACGUGAAGAAAUUACCAGUCGUCAUUGCUCUGCUGUACUUCGUCUUUUUUGGCUUCUUCGAUGGGCUCUUUUGGGGCGCUUCGCUCAAGAAAAUUCCCCAUGGGGCUUGGGUACCGUUGACAAUAGGGAUAUGCAUAGCCAUAUUGAUGUGGUUAUGGACAUGGGGGAAGGGACUGGAGGACGCAUUCGACGGUCAAAAUCGACAGAACCUGAAAGAUUUUAUCCACAAGGACGAGAAAUCUCAAGUUACUUUCCAUUUGGACGGUGACGCCAAAAAUGACGCCGCUGAAGACGAGGAUGACGGCGAGGAUGACGGCGACACCAUAACAAGGUACUAUUGCGUUUCGCAUCCGUCCGAGACGACCAGCAGCGCUGUGGACAUAGAACAACGAGAGCUUGUUCGCAUACCGACAUGCGCUGUGUUUCAUAAGAUUGCGGAGGGGCAAGGUGUUCCGCACACUUUCAUCGGGCUUAUAAGACAAUGGCCUGGCCUUCCUGAAGUCCUCAUCUUUCUCUCCGUCUCCGUAUUACCGGUUCCCAGAGUUCCCGUGGGGGAGAGAUAUAUUAUAUCCCGGGUUCGUUCAAUUGAAGGCUUCUAUGGUGCGACAUAUUAUAUUGGGUAUAGGGAUAACUUCGACGUGAAGAUUGAUGAUUUACUUGAAAGGAUAUGUGCUUUGGAGGCCCAUGCAGAUCCUCAGAACUGCGGUCGUAUAAUUAAACGCAUCAAAGAGGUGGCGGGGAACACUACCCAUAUAGUGCCACAUUACUACGUUGUCAGUCGACAUGUGGACGUCGGGAAAUUCUCUGUCAUCGUCAAUUUCCUAAGAAGAUAUCUGAUUGAGGAGAUUUACCGUCGUUUAGCUACCAUGUUCCCAGAAACAGCUAAUUGGCUUACCUCUGCAGACGAGAUUAUUCAUGUCGGCAUCAAUGCACCGAUUUGAACUUCGAAUAAGAUGGUAGAAAUAUGCGUGAACGAAGUUAGAACUUGGCCUUAUCGAUAUUUGGGGUAAAUGUAUCAUGAUGCAGUUGUUGACACGGUGUCAUAGAGAAUGGUGGACUUGAAGGGAGAAUUCGAAGAAGAUAGAGAGACAAGUGGAGCUACAUCUCCGUCUAUGUAUCACCCUCACCUAUAAUAAACGUCUGACCUUCUGAGCAUCCGGAAGGCGUACAUUAUUUUAAGC